AAACUGUGUUGGUUUCGACUGUUAAGAGUUGAGAAAAGAGAUGCCAUAAAGUUUGCCCAAACGAAAAAUGUUCGAAAGGAAGAACGCUGAAACAUUUAAGUCUUCAACUGGAUUCAGUUUCACCGAGCUUGAGGUUGUCAUCUCUACACUUGUUUUGUGAGUUUCAGUUUAGGGUUUGUAGUAAUUACAGAUAAGAUUAGAUGAUUUCGGAAGUAGCUAGGAACCUUCAAAUUGUUUCCUUUCUUUUUUUAAUUAUUUGUCUCUUCUUGAUAGAGCAACGGUCCUAUUCUUGAUAUAGACAACGGCUUUUCUGUAGGUCUUGUAAUUUCGUCCUGUCAUUUUCUCCUGUAGCUUAAUCCAAGCCAUCGAUUUUACUCAGGGCCGGUGUUCCUCAAUGUAUCACCAACUCUGAAUGUUAAUUAACUUGAUCUUCUCUGGUUUUUCCUGUUCUUCUUUCUGCUAUUGUAUUCUGUUUAUUUGAACCCUUUUUUUUUUUUUUUUUUUUAACUUAUUUUUUGGAUUAAUUGAGAUUCUGGGAAUUCCCACUUUUGGGUUUUUAGUCUCAGACGAAUUUGGGGUUUUUUUUUUCUGAGAUUUUGUGAGUUGGGUAGUUCUCAUUUUGCAGUUUUUCUGUAUUUCUUACUCUGAAUUUUCUGGUUCUCGUCUCUGUAGCAUUAAGAAUUCAAUUCCCAUAAUUUUUGUUUAUCUUUCCUGGACUGGGUCUUAUUUUAUCGUAGGGAUCUUUCUUUCAAGUUUGCUUCUGUUUUUUUCUUCAGUUAUUUUAUUUAUGGGAUUUGAGGUUCUUGAGGUUGGUUGGUGAUGUCUUAUAACAAUCCAGAGACGCCUGAUUGUUGCUCAUCGGCUUCAGCUGAACUGAAACUAUACCAAGCUUUCAUCUUUUCCAUACCAAUCAUCUUCACUUUUGUUCUUUUGUUCCUAUUUUACUUUUUCUAUAUUCGACGAGGGAGCGUUUAUUGGUCAUCUAUACGGAUGAGGACAUUCAACGGGAUUACGGAGGAACCCAUCACCAGACCAUCAGAAUUGGGUUUGAAGAAGGAGAUUAGAGAGAUGCUACCAAUAAUUGUAUUCAAGGAGAGCUUUUCUGUCAAGGAUACACAAUGUUCAGUAUGCCUGGGGGAUUACCAAGCUGAGGACAAGCUUCAACAAAUACCUGUAUGUGGCCACACUUUUCACAUGGAUUGCAUUGACCACUGGCUUGCUACCCACACCACCUGUCCUCUUUGCCGCUUCUCCCUCUUACCAUCUUCUAAAACUGCACCUGACCAUUCUGACAAUCGAGUCGAAGCCCAGGCUGAUGAAGAACAAUCUUAUCAAGAAUCCUCAAGUAUUAGUCAUGAGGUUGGAACCUCUGUUCAAACAGGGGCUGAGAGAGAGAGCAUAGGGGAAGAGAGUGGCAGCUAUUGUAUUAGAACAAAGGAAGAGUGCUCUGAUGCAAGAAGAGAAGUUGAAGGGAUUGGGUGUGGUGGUGAAGUUUCAGAUGUUGUGCUUGAUGUUGAAACACAUGGUUCUAAUGAUCAUGUGCUUGUGACAGAACAUCCUUAAAAACUAGUUUAGUGUUCUUCUAUUCUGCUUUAAAUUUAAAGAAAGUUCUGUUAUGUAAGAAAAUUGUACAUGAUAAAGGUUAGGGUUCAUUUUUAA